GGAUCCGUUUGUGAUUUAUCGUUCCCCUUUCGGACCCUCCCGUUUUCUGGUGCACAGCGUUUAUAAACCAAACCCUAGUGAGCACACCACAUUUUCACUCCGCGCUUCUCUGAAAAAUUAAAGCUUGCUUCUGUGUCGAUGGACCCUGAAAGUGAUGCGGCCCAGCUUGUAGCUACCCAGCUGAGUGGUGAGAAUGACGUAGCUGGCUUUGAUGAUGGGGAAAAUGGCUCCAGGAAAAGAAGGACUAGUUCAAAGCAUAGUUCUCGUGAAUAUGAUCAAGAAAAGGAGUCUUCAAGAAGCAGGGAUAAGGAAAGAGAGAGAGGGCGUGAUAAGGAUAGAGAUAGGGACAGAGAAAAGGAAAAGGACAGAGAUAAGGACCGUGAUCGUCACCAUAGAGAUCGAAGUGAGAGAAAGAGAACUCGAGAUAAAGAUGAUGAUGCUGAAGUUGGUAAUGAUCAUGGCUAUAGGAGUCGAGACUAUGAUAGGCAUAGAGAUAGGGAUGAAAGUCAUAGACAUAGAUCUAAAUCCUAUGAUAGAGAUAGAGAGGAAAGACGAAGACACAGGUCCAAGUCCCAUGACAAGGAUAGAGAGGAAAGGCACAGCCAUAGAUCUCACUCAAGGGGAAGAUCUGGGCAUAAGUCAAAAUCAAGGUCUCCAUCACCUACUCAAUCUCGGUCCCGAUCUCGCUCUAAAAGCAAGAGGGUCAGUGGCUUUGACAUGGCACCUUCACCUUCUGCUCUCCUACCUGGUGCCCCAGGACUCGCAGGUCAGAUUCCCGGGACUGCACCAACCAUUCCUGGAAUAUUUCCAAACAUGUUGACUUUGGCUCCUGGACAGUUGGGAGCUCUCCCUGUUAUGCCAGUUCAGGCGAUGACUCAGCAGGCUACUAGACAUGCACGGCGAGUUUAUGUUGGUGGACUUCCUCCAAGUGCUAAUGAACAGUCGGUGGCAAUAUUCUUUAACCAUGUCAUGUCUGCCAUUGGAGGAAACACAGCUGGUCCAGGUGACGCAGUAGUCAAUGUUUAUAUUAAUCAUGAGAAAAAGUUUGCAUUUGUUGAGAUGAGAUCAGUUGAAGAGGCUAGCAAUGCCAUGGCACUCGAUGGCAUUAUCUUUGAGGGAACUCAAGUUAAGGUCAGAAGACCUACUGAUUAUAAUCCAUCUCUGGCUGCUACUCUUGGUCCAAGUCAACCAUGUCCAAACCUGAAUCUUGCAGCUGUUGGGUUAGCUCCAGGAUCUUCUGGUGGGCUUGAGGGUCCUGACCGUGUCUUUGUGGGAGGUCUUCCCUAUUAUUUCACUGAAAAUCAGAUUCGGGAGCUGCUUGAGUCUUUUGGGCCACUUAGAGGGUUUAAUCUUGUUAAAGAUAGGGAAACCGGAAAUUCAAAAGGCUAUGCCUUCUGUGUUUAUCAGGAUGUUUCAGUUACUGAUAUUGCUUGUGCAGCUCUUAAUGGGAUUAAGAUGGGUGAUAAAACUCUUACUGUUAGACGUGCUAGCCAAGGUUCAUUACAGCCUAAACCAGAACAGGAGAGUGUACUAUUACAUGCUCAACAGCAAAUAGCAUUUCAGAGGCUCAUGUUUCAACCUGGUGGAUUACCCACGAAGGUAUUAUGCCUAUCAAAUGUGGUUAAUGAGGAUGAGCUUAGGGGUGAUGAAGACUAUGAAGAUAUAUUGGAAGAUAUGAGAACUGAAUGUGGGAAAUUUGGUACUUUAGUGAAUCUUGUAAUCCCUCGCCCACGGCCCGAUGGUGAACCUACACCUGGAGUUGGAAAGGUAUUUUUGGAGUAUGCAGAUAUUGAAGGUUCUACUACAGCUCAGCAAAAAUUGAAUGGAAGAAAAUUUGGUGGAAAUGAAGUGGUUGCAGUGUUCUACCCGGAGAACAAGUUCUCUCAGGGGGAGUACGAAGGCUAAUCUUAUCAACUUCACCUACUACACACUCUCUUUCAGCUGCCUCCCACGACGGCUCAUAUAUAGUUGGAUUAUUAAUUAAGUUUGGUUUGGCAUGUUGAGUAGAAGUGCAGAAGAAUCUAAUCUUGUUUGCAGUGUUAGAUUGUUGUAAUGUUGGAUUUUGCAGUGUAAAAUUGUAGGCAGGCCAGCUUCUUAUUUAGUACGUAAUAACUAGAAUAUUUGUUGUGGAUUAGAAAUUGGUGAUGAUGGUAUGUGUGCUAAAUAAGCCAUAACAACUGACCCUUUUGGCCAAGAUGAAAUGAAAUAUUGUUGGUAUUUGGUAGUUUA